AUGGACGAUGUCCCCCCUCCGCCAUACUCAGAGACGGACAUCUACUCGACCUCCGGCCAGCGCUCGAAUCCAUCCUCGAUUUCACCACAUGUUCCCUCCAACCAUGGCGACGACGGCGCCUCGCGGGUCUCAUCGCACGCCUCGUCUCGCAGCGAAGUCAUCUACACCCCACCAUUGACACCCCGCACCAGCGGCACCGGCGGCGCUCACCAAGAUGACUCGAGUUCCAGCCUGUCCGGCCGCCCGCAAGCUUUCACCGCUCCCUCCACCUCAUCGGCAUACUCGGACUUCGCAGCCGCCUACUUCGAAUCCAGGCCCGCGCCCGCCUUCCCCCCGCAGGACCAGCUCGUUCACUUACUUACCGUGACCCCGUCCUCGACGCCAGACGACGUACCCUGCCCCCCGAGCUGGGCCGCCCGCGACGUCACGCAGCAGGACUGGGCGACUUUCACAAACUGCCUAAUUCCGCACCACACCGCCGCGCGAAAUGAGGCCGUCAUCAACCGCAAGCUGCGGGCCGAGGAGGAGGCCAUCGCCGCCGCCGCCGCUGCGUCGAAUGGGGGAGGGGCGACAACAGCUCCAGCGGCGCGCGGAUUGGAUCAAAUCCGCUCCGACCCGGACACCGACCCCGGCGCGGCCGCCGCCGCAUCAGGACUUAGAAGGGAGGACGUGGAGGCCGUGGUCGCGCAGUGGAAUGAGGGCUUCUUCCACCCAAGGGGCGUGGCUGUGAUGCUCAACCCCGACGUCGAGGAGCUGCGUGUGCCUGGAGCCUGGGACCGGUCUUUUGAUAGGAGCGUCGAGAGCCCGACUAUCCCGGGCGGAGGAGGAAGCGGUGGUCCGACGCCCGUGCCUUUCCCCGUGCACACGGGCCCGGGGCCGACAACACAGUCGGGCCCGAGUGCGAGCGAGGCCCGGGGUAGUUGGAGCUUUGGCGGUAUUACGGUCACGCAGGAUGGGAUCUCGAUCGGGGACCGCAUCGUUGCGGAUAGCAAUGGCAUCAGGGUGGGAAACCUGAUUGCGGAUGAGAACGGUAUAAGGUUCGGAAGCAACACGACGCCGCGCGCGCAACCUCACUACGUCGGUCCGAAUCCGAACUGGGCCCCUCCCCCUCUGCAUGCACCGCCGGGCCCAUCACCUGUGCCAAUGUUCGGACCCGGACCUGGAUCUGGCCCGUUCCCUCCGGGGCCACACCCGCAACAUAUGGCACUUUCAGGAACCCACGAGCACCCCUUCUUCCAGAGCGGCCACAACCACGCCCACGUCCGCCAUGGCAGUGGAAGCGGAGGCCGUGGCCGUCCACCCGGCCGGUACCCCUCCGACCAGCGCUCAGUCUCAGCAUCAUCCUCCGCUUCCUCCUCUUCCUCUACGUCGUCCGCCUCCUCCGUCGGCUCCCUGCCGGACUACGAGGAUCUCUACCCCGCUCAGCUGCCCAUCUACAAACACCGCGUGGCGUCGUGGCUCUCGCACCCGGACCAGCCUGUCACGAAAGCCGAUGUGGCACAGUUGCGCAAAGAGAUCCGCUCCGCGCGCUCUGUAAGUGAUGCAUCAGGGCAGUCGAAGCAGGACAAUCCGUCUGCCGCAUCUGCGCCGAGCAGGGCCGACGAAAAGGCGCUGAGGGCGGAGCUCAAGACCCUGACGCAGGAAUGGCGGAAGCUUAAACGCCAGCAGCGCACGGUACGCAAGGAGAAGCGGCGGGAGCGCCGUGCGAAGCGGAGGGAAGAGAAGAGAGAGCGUAGAGAGCAGAGGAGGGAGCGCAGGGAGCAGAGGAGAGAAGGCAGACGAGCACAGAUGGAGACGAGGAGGGGCGGCGGUGGCGACGGCGGCGACGGCGGCGACGGAGCGAGAGGGGGUCACCAGCACCACCAUCAUCACCAUCACGGCCCGGGGCCGAUGCCCGCGCCGUCGUUGUGGGGUGCGCCUCAGCCGUUUGUACCACCGCCGCCGCACGGCAUCCACGUACCGCCUCCGCCCGUGGUACAUACCCCGCCCAUACCAGUCGUCCCUAUAGUCUCGCCGAACGUUCCAAACAACUUCCAGUGGGGUGGCGGUCCGGGCAGGGGGUUUGCGCCCCGGGGCGGUUUCUCAGGAGGCGGAGGGCCUUGGGGCGCGGGGUUCGGGAGGGGCUGGGGUCGCGGGCACGGACGCGGAAGCGAGCACGCGUUUCCGUCUAACGCCGGGCCUCCUCAUCCGCCUGGUGCAUGGCCCGUCGGUGGCGGCGGCGAGAGGAGCCCGGGGGCGUCUACGCCGCCUGUGCCGCCGUCGCAGGUGCUCUUCAAAGCUGUGGAGGAGAUGGAGAAGGAUAUCGCCCGGAGGGUCGAGGAGCUGGAUAAGGUGAGAAACGAGAUGAGGGAUAACAACCCCAGAAGGGGGAGAUGUGGUAACAGCCGUGGCAGAGGGCGGUGCGGCUCGGGCAGGGCGGGCGGAGGUGAUGAGACUGCGCAGAAGAUGGAGGCCGAGAUUGAUGAGCUGUCGAGGAACGUGGAGAAGCUCAAGAUCGAGGCGGACGCCGAGUUUGCGAGGGAGCUGGCGGCGGAGGAUGACAAGUCUGGCGGGUGGUAA